CGCAAAUUUCCCCAUAAUUAUAAUGGCCUCUGUCGCAACCGGACAAAGAGGGACGAGCAGAGCAUCGCGCAGCCUGGAAGAUACCAACUAGAGACCGAGUGGGGGAUUGCAGUCAGUCAUUACUCCAGUCAGGAGCCUCUGUGCAUCAGGGAAGUCUUGUCAAAAGGGCCACUCUGGGAAUGGGACCAAAGAUCUUCAGCAGGAGCAACCUGUGCUACUUUUGGGAUUUCCCUCUUAAAAGACACUUCUUCACUCCAGGGGAAUAAUCUCAACAGAGGAAACAGGUGGGACAGCAAAUUACAAAUGGGAUAAAAGAGCUGGAGAGGCUUGUGAAUUGCCGACCUGCAGCAUUUUUGUGGCUUCCAUGAAUAGAGCCUAGUUUGCCUUUAUGACAUGGUUAAAAGUGAGGUGUGGAGAUCCUGCAGCAUACAAGCCUGUAUCAGAGCAUAAAGCAGCGGAAGUUCUUUGACAAAAGACUGUGAUUUGUAAAGGAGCGUCUCUGGGGCCCUGGUGUAUGGCGCUGGACGGUUUUGAAGCAGACACACAACUGUUCCGGUAUCCAUUUGGUUCACAAUGGCAAAGUGGUUCAAGGAGUUCCCCAUGAACCUGAAAAAUGGUACUGACAGGAUCCGCUCUGCCUCUGAGUCCGGAUCCCAGCCGAGACCCAACAAAGCCGGACUUGUGGCCAGCAUCGGUACCAAAACAUCCAAAACUCGGAAAACCUCCUCCUCGGACAGCCCUGGAGGAGUUGGGUCUCUGCUGUCUGGAAGAAACAGGAAAAAUUCAGCCGUAGAUCUGAACAGAAGUGGUGGCAGCUCUCCACAAAAGGAUGGAAAAGUCUGGGACAACCUGCUCUCGAGGAAAAUGUGCAAAAACUCCAAAGCCGACCAAUCUGUUUUUGAGGAACAACAUCGGCCUCUUAAGAUCUCCUCCUCUGCCAAUGCUUACAUCAGCAGACUGAUUAGAGUGGACAAGCUGGACAAAAGCCCCAACUUCAACAGUGCUGCCAUCAACAACCAAGUGCCCGAAGUUGAGAAAACAUCCCCCCAAGGCAAAACAGAGGCGGUGAUCAUCCUUGAAGACUACGCCGACCCAUUUGACGCUCAGAAAACCAGAGAGCAGCGCGAGGCGGAGAGAGUCGGGGAGAAUGAUGGAUACAUGGAGCCCUACGAUGCUCAGCAGAUGAUCACAGAGAUCCGGCGGCGUGGCUCAAAGGACCUGCUGAGGGUUUGUGUGCUGAUGGAGGGCGGUGAGGGCCCUAAAGAGGACUCCCUCCUGCCUCAGCUCUAUGACAUCCCAUACGAGGGGAGCACAGAGAAGAAGGACAAGAGCCCUGGGACCAGACAUGAGCCUGACCUACGACCUCUGACUGAGUAUGAGCUGCCCUGGGAGUGGAAGAAGGAGCGCAUCGUCCGGUCUCUGUCAGCUCAGUUUGACAGCCCCGAGCGGCAGCACAAAGAUGAAACGCCUCACCUGACUCUCACCAGGCAACCACAGCAUCCCCCUGCACAACAUCAGCACCACCGACAGAAGAGCUGGACUCAGAAGAUGCUCAAGUCCUCCUCGUCCAACUCUUCCAGCUCUGACAGUGAGAGUUGUUGUGUCGACCCCACACUGCCCCUCGAAAGGCAAAGCUGGUACCAUGGCUGUGUGACUCGCCAGGAGGCAGAGUUUCAGCUGCAGUCCUGUAAAGAAGCCAGUUUUCUGGUCAGGAACAGUGAGUCCGACAACAGCAAGUACUCCAUCGCCCUCAAAACAAGCCAAGGCUGUGUGCACAUUAUCGUCGCCCAGACCAAAGAGAACGGUUUCACAUUGGAUCAGAGCAGCUGUGUUUUCUUGAGUAUCCCUGAAGUGGUCCAUCACUACUGCACACAACGACUGCCUUUUAACGGAGCUGAACAUAUGACCCUUUUGCACCCUGUCCCUCGCAUCCACUGAACCAAAGGACUCAAACUAAACUUGAUUAUUACAGUUAUUAUGAAAGUGGACUAAAUGUGUUAUAUGUAUGUGUGUAUUUUUUUACUUUCUGGACGACUUCCUCUGUUUUGAUUUCAAUGCAAAACACGCAGGCUACUGUUUUGCAUGACUUAAGGAGGAAGCAUGUUACAUCAGGCACUUUUAAAAAAUUAAAUAUGUGUUAUAGAUUAAUUUGUAAGAGAUACACAUUAAGUUUUUAUAACGUUACCACCUGCUGUGCCUUUACAGACUCCAGUGCCUAAGAUGAAGUAGAUGUGUGUGCUUUUUAUUUUUUUAUUCACUGUUGUGCCCUCUUGUGGACAAUCUGGUACAUUACAACCUCCCUAACAAACCACCAUUCAUUCUGAAAAGCUGGUAAGACUUAGUCAAUGACACGCCACAUCAAACCAAAAUGCUCUUAUCUGUGUUUUGUGGCAGAACUAGAAAAGCGUUUCAACUUUCCGUGACCACAGAGCCUGGAGGACUGUCUUUGUGUAACUGUGAAUGAGGGUGUUGUCUUCACUGUGGAGCUCGGAGUGAUUCAGAUGGAUGCAAUGUGCUUUGGAGGGGCCUGACAAUCGAGAACAACAUUUAUGGCUUCAAUAUGAAUCUGAAGAAGUGAUAAUGCACAAUCUUAAAGGUGCACUGUGGAACUUUUCAGGUGGAGGAUACGCCUGUUAUUGCCUGUAAUGUUCACAGUAUGGCAUUAUACUUUUCUAUCUUGUCUGAGUUUUGAGCUUUAUUGAUAAAAACAAAAACAAAAAUAACCAACAUGCAUUCUUAUUGUGAGCAGGCUCUCCUCAGAUCUGACACUAUAUGGUGGUGUCACAUGGAUAAAUGUCAUACUGUAGAACCUCCUAUAUAACAUCUCCAUGGAAACAACUGGGCAGAGGAAAAGUUACGUAUUGUACUUUUAAGGCUCUGUAUUUCCUUCACUAUUGGUUUACCACUGUUUACUAACUGUUAAUAUGGAUCUUAAGAUUUCUUUUAGUCUAGUGUUUCUCCACAUCUGUAGGCGUGUGUUGAACUAAUUACAAAGCAAUAUAAUCUGGUGCUUUCCAAGUAGGGCCUUGACCAAAAAGUAUCUCGCAGGUUUGUUUUUAAUUAUAGUGAAAUCAAAAUAUAGUUAAUAGUUAAGAAAAUGUAAUCACGUUAAUGCAAUAUAGCUCAAAUUUACUAUGAUCGCAAUUACUUAAAUGGUGCACUGCGUGGUCUGGUCUGCCACCUGCUUGUCUCCAUGGAGAUGUUAUUGCUUUGUCUGGAAUGGUACACAGUAUAGUAUUAAACAUUUAUCUCAUUGCGGAUCUAUUAACUGAAAAAAAAAAAAAAAAAAACAAUGUUAAAAAUACACAUUCUUACUGUUACUGGGGUUGCGUCUUCACAGAUCUGACCUGUAACUUGGUCUGGUGACAUAUGGAGACAUAAGUUUAUUGCCAUACUGUAGUGGAACAUUUCAGCCCAAAGCAAUAAUAUUUUCAUAGGCACACUGCAAAUUUCUCUGAUCUGGCCAAGAUUUUAAAACUUAUAUUAGGUUAUUUAUCUUGUUUUCAGAUUUAUUAUCUACUUAAUAGAAUUGAAUUGGUUGUAUAAUCUUAAAAAAAAUAAAAUAAAAAAUCACAUAUAUUCCUUCCAUGACUCAACUAGUCAGAAAAUCUUAAAUUUAGGCAAUAAAAAUUUAAAAGAAGCUACAAUCCAUUUACCAUAGUUUUCCCCGUAACACUUGUUUUUAGAUUCAGUGAUACAGAUUUGCUUGAAACUCAAGUCCCUUUAUCUUAAACUAAAACAUCCAUAAACUUAUUUCCAGCCCAUGAACACUUACCAGAGACUGCUUAAUUCUAGUCUAGAGGUAGUUUAUUUUAAGAUUAUAUUUUGUCAAGUAAAAUGAUCUUGCUGCAUGGACAGAUAAUUUCACUUCUUUUAAGUCAUUUUCUGAUAGAUUUAAGUGUUUAUAUUUUAAAUUUUGGCCAAGCUUUUUUGCAGUGCACAAACAGCUGAUGGACACACAGUAAAGUUACGCAGUGCACCUUUAAAAAGUUAAAGACAUAUUGGAUUUAACUAAACCAGUUGAAAAGCCUUGUGUUUAAAAUUAUUAACUGUGUGUGUCUUUGGUCCCACUGGUUUAAAGCUACCACCCCUCCUGUAUCUCUCACAGCUGUUUGUUCUCAGUGUUGAAUGCCCUCUGGUGCUAGGAAACAGAAAAGCAAGCCAAAGGAGUGACCGCUAUUCCCUUUUACUGCCAAGAGACUUUUUUUUUUUACGAAACACAUGUGUAAUCCAAUUGUAUCCAAAACAUUUAUCUAAAAAGUCCAGCUCAUAUUGUUUCUUUGGAGACCUGCCUUUUCCUAAUCAAACAUUUUGGGAAGGGUUUGUGCUUUUUGGCAGACAGAUAGAGCUCUGGCCCAAAGACACACCUGCUUUGCAUUUUUUCUUGCCUUUUUGAUUUGUGGAAGACAUAUUGUAACUCCCAGAAUGCAUACCUUCACCAAAAGACAUCCAUCAAUCGCACAAUAUCUUUGAAUUCCUUUCUUUUGGGGAGCUGAAUAUGUGCCAGAGUUUGAUGUGAGUUUUGUAGAUUUGUGUAAGCUUUGAAAGAUAAACAAAAUGGGGGUUGAUGGGCGACCCCUUUAUCGUCGGUAAUAAACGGGAUGUCAGAGUGAGAAGGUUCCCACGGGGCUUUCUCUUUGAUCUGAAUAAAUCACUGACAAUGCAAA